AUGAAGACUGUGUUCAAGAAUGCUCGCUUUUUCACCGGUAGUUCUGCCGCCGCAGACCACUUCGAUGUGAUCGAACAUGUCGGCUCGUACUCUGGCACGCAAGUAGCGACUGCCGAGAAAGAUAGUGCUGAAGUGCUUGACAUGAAUCAGCGUACAUUGGCUCCAGGUUUCGUCGACGGGCAUAUGCACUUGUUGAUGUUUGGUUCGUCGUUGCAGAAAAUCAGCCUCGAUCACUGCAAAACCCUUCAGGACAUUCAGGCUACCAUCAAGAAUGCCGCGAAGCAGGAUAAAACCUUGCCACGGAUUCUCUGCCAGGAGUGA